GCCGCGCCGGCGGCUGAGAGCGCGGGUCGCGUGGCCGUGCGUGGUUGCUAGGGGCGCCUGAGGCCGCCAGCUCGCCCGCAGGCCGAGGGAGGAAGCAGCGCGGAGCCGGCGCCCAGCCGCGGCGAAGCUGAGUCCGCUGGGCUGACGGACUUCAAGGAUGCAGCUGCUACUGCUGGAGGCACCUGGCACCUCACCUGAGCCGGGCCAUGAGGCCAUGUGGCCAUGAUGUGGGCUCCUCAUGGCCUCAGCAAGAACAGAGCACUACGAUAUCAGCCUCCGCCGGGGACACAGCUUGAAGCAGAGUGGGCCCGCAGGCACAGCGCCUACCCCGUCACCUGAGAAACCCUCCGAGGGCAAAGUCUGGGCUCAGGCUCAUCAGCAGGUGAAGCCAAUCUGGCGGCUGGAGAAGAAACACGUGGGGACACUUUCAGCAGGGUUGGGCCCGGGCCUCUUGGGUGCACCCCCGCAGCCAGCGUACUUCUUUUGCCCCAGCUCUCUAUGUAGCUCCGGGACCGCGGCUGUCACUGCGGGCCACAGCAAGUGCUGUUACCUGCACUCCCUCCCAGACCUGUUCAGCAGCACCCUGCUGUACCGCCGCUCCAACUACAGGCACAAAGCAUACCAGCAGCUGGAGUCUUUCUGCUUGCGUUCAAGCCCGUCAGAAAAAAGACCUUUCUCUCUCCCUCAAAAGAGGCUCCCCGUCAGACUCACUGCCAACAAGGCCACAUCUUCCAAGCUCAUCCCCAUGGCAUCCUCAUCCAUGGAACCAUACUCCUCACUGGGAGCGGCCGGGGAAAGUCUUUCAGGGAGGAACCUGGCCUCUGCCAUCUCAGGGAAGACCCCAUCUCCACUCUCCUCUUCUUCAUCUUCCUACAAACCCAUGCUGAACAACAACUCCUUCAUGCAGCCAAAUAGCACUAAAGUGCCUUUAUCGCAGGCCACAGAGGGCCUGAAGCCAGUAUCCUCACCCAAGGUCCAGCUCAUCUCCUGGCAUCACUCAGGGGGCACUGGAGACUGUGCGUCCCAGCCUGUUGAGCGCAAGGCGCCCAAGAGCAGUGGCCCUGCCCUAGACGACACCCCUGCCCACAGCACGCUGUCUACCCCCAGCUCCUUGGACACCUCCAUCACCAGUGUUGCCUCUUCCCUCUACAACCGGAGUAACUUAGUCACCAGGACUGAGUCACAUCCCUACGGCCUGGAUGGUGACCCUGUUUCCCAGACUCUGACUAAGGAGGUUCGGUUCACUGAGGCUGUGAGGAAGCUGACUGCAAGAGGCCUUGAGAAGAAACCAAGGCAAGGCUACCAUUUUGAACAGACUUACUUCAUGAACCCCAGCUUGCAGUGGGAUCUCCUCAACCAGAACAGGCGGUGGAAACCUCCUGUGGCCGGCCAGCAGGUCCCUCAGGAGGACACUGGAGCAGACAACAGGGUCCUCCCUGCAGUCUCAGACCCUGGGGGCUUGGACAGUGCAGUCUUCUGUACCAAACGCAUCAGCAUUCACCUCCUUGCCUCACAUACCAACGGGCUCAGCUAUAGCCCUGCCUGCGAAUCUGCGAUCGAUUCCUCACUUCUUGGAGAAGGCAAGACUCCAGUUCUGCCUUCUCCACCUCAGUCCCUUGGUGUAGCAGAGGUGGCCACCCGCCUCUCUUCCAUCCAUCUGGGCAAACUUGGGAGAGAAGGGCCUAAGGAAGCCAGGGAGCUGAACUCACCUCCUCGGACUGUUGGUUCAGCUAUUGACCUCCAGCUAGACCCAGUUGAAACGGAAGAUCUGGAAGAAGAACUACUAGAUGGUUUGGAAGACUGCUGCAGCCAGGAUGAGAACGAAGAGGAGGAGGGAGACUCAGAGUGCUCCUCGUGCAGUGCUGUCUCCCCCAGCGAGUCGGUAGCAGUGAUCUCUCGGAACUGCAUGGAGUUUCUGACCAAACCCCUUUCCAAUGAGAAAGUUGUUCGACCAGCCCUCAUCUACAGUCUCUUUCCCAACGUGCCCCCCACCAUCUAUUUUGGCACUCCAGAUGAGAGAGUGGAGAAACUUCCCUGGGAGCAGAGGAAGCUGCUCCGGUGGAAGAUGAGCACAGUGACCCCCAACAUUGUCAAGCAGACCAUUGGACGUUCCCACUUCAAGAUCAGCAAGAGGAAUGAUGACUGGCUGGGCUGCUGGGGUCACCACAUGAAGUCUCCUAGCUUCCGAUCCAUUCAGGAGCAUCAGAAGCUAAACCACUUCCCAGGUUCAUUCCAGAUUGGGCGCAAGGACCGACUGUGGCGGAACCUGUCCCGCAUGCAGAGCCGCUUUGGCAAGAAGGAGUUCAGUUUCUUCCCCCAGUCCUUUAUCCUGCCCCAGGAUGCCAAGCUCCUGCGCAAAGCCUGGGAGAGCAGCAGCCGCCAGAAGUGGAUUGUUAAACCACCAGCGUCUGCUCGAGGAAUCGGCAUCCAGGUCAUUCACAAAUGGAGUCAGCUCCCCAAGAGGAGGCCCCUUCUGGUACAGAGGUAUCUCCACAAACCCUACCUCAUCAGUGGCAGCAAGUUCGAUCUGCGGAUCUAUGUUUACGUCACCUCCUACGAUCCUCUACGGAUUUACCUCUUUUCAGAUGGGCUCGUCCGCUUUGCCAGUUGCAAGUAUUCCCCUUCCAUGAAGAGCCUUGGCAACAAAUUCAUGCACCUGACCAACUACAGUGUCAAUAAAAAGAAUGCUGAGUACCAGGCCAAUGAAGAUGAAACAGCCUGCCAGGGCCACAAAUGGGCACUGAAGGCUUUAUGGAGCUACCUGAGCCAGAAGGGAGUCAACAGUGAUGCCAUCUGGGAGAAGAUAAAGGAUGUUGUUGUCAAAACCAUCAUCUCGUCAGAACCCUAUGUGACCAGCCUGCUGAAGAUGUACGUGCGGCGGCCUUACAGCUGCCACGAGCUCUUUGGUUUCGAUGUCAUGCUGGAUGAGAAACUCAAGCCUUGGGUUCUAGAAGUGAACAUCUCCCCCAGCCUCCACUCCAACUCUCCGCUGGACAUCAGCAUCAAAGGCCAGAUGAUCCGUGACCUUCUGAACCUGGCGGGCUUUGUUCUGCCCAAUGCAGAUGAUAUCGCUUCCAGCUCCAGCAGCUCCAGCAGCUCCACCACCAGCCUGCCCAGCUCUCCCAGGGACAGAUGUCGAGUGGCCCCAGAGUACUUCACUGCACAGAAGAUGAAGAAAGCCUAUUACCUGACCCAGAAAAUUCCUGAUCAGGACUUCUACGCAUCUGUGCUGGAUGUCCUGACACCAGAUGAUGUUCGGGUUCUAGUCGAGAUGGAGGAUGAGUUUUCUCGCCGUGGUCAAUUCGAACGCAUUUUCCCAUCUCGAAUCUCUUCUCGCUAUCUCCGCUUUUUUGAGCAGCCACGAUAUUUCAACAUUCUCACCACCCAGUGGGAACAGAAGUACCAUGGCAACAAGCUCAAAGGCAGAUUCUUAGUCACUGGACCACCAGGGAAGUCCGAUUCCGAUUCCAUCCUCUUGAGUCCCACCCUUGUUAAUCUCAUCCUAGGAGUAGAUCUGCUUCGGAGUUGGUGCUACAAAGGGUUCCACACAGGAACCAUCUCUGAUUCUGCUCCAGUGUGGACUCUCCCGGCCUCAGUUCUGACUGUCCCAAAGGCUGAUGUGACACUCAGUGCUUUCUCCAAGCAGGAGACUGUCAAGCUGAGAAAACAUGGCUCCACCGAGCAAAAUAUACCGCUGUCUGAAGAUGGGACCAUGCCCAAGCUGAAGAAGACCCAAGCUGGCCUUUCCCCUCCUCCCAGGAAACUCAGUUCCUCAGAGGACAGUGAGGACACCAGCAAAGAGCCCAGCCUCUCCACCCAGUUGUUACCUGUGAUCAAGUACUCUGGGCAGACUUCAAGACUCUCUGCUUCCACCAGCUCCCAGUCAGCUGGUGGCUCCCUCCUGGCUGCUGUGAGCCUGUGACAGGCCUCUCUCCACUAGCCUGCCCAGGCAUACCAGUGUCAGCUACCUCACGGGAACCGGCCGGCCGGCCAGCCUGAGCCCCGACCCCCUCCACUCUGCCCCUCCUCAGAGUAUUUUUUGAAGUGGUUGAAUUGUAGAGAUGGGUAUUCGGCGGGCUGGAGGGGUGGUUGGGAGGGGGAGAAGGUGAGACAGGUUCACUGGCUGGCACCUCAUAUCUCAGCAGAGAAGCUAAUGAUGGCUACUCAGCCUUAUAAAGCAGGGUUUGGUUUCUACCUUCAGAGAGCCAUGUGUGGUUUGUUUUGGUGCAGUGGUUUUGGUCAAGAGGAGAAGGCAUAUCGAACAUAUUUGGGCCUGAAGUCCCUUGCUCUCUAUAUAAUUGAAGAGGUUCCUCUGAGGGUCCUUAUUUCCUCAGGUCUCACCCUCUCCCCUUCCCAACCCCUAUCCUGAGGAGUCACUUUCAGAAACCUUCAGACUUCCUCAGUACUUGGGCAAACAGAGACCAUGACAUGCAGAACCAGUUUCCUAUCAUCCUUGUUUUGGGGGCAUCACCACCUCAGACCAUUUUUCCUUUCAUGUACCCACCCAGCCAGUAGCCUUUGGUCUUCCUGCUUUGACCUCACAUCACUACUUGUUCAGCUUUCUAGACUUCCCUGUCAAGGAUGUUACCUCUUCAGCUCUUAGCUUUCUGUGAGGUGAGAGCUUCUGUGAACUUUGUGAAUUUCUCAUGGCUGCAGUAAAGGAGCCCAGAUAAU